AUGUCUCUCUCAACCAGCCCUCUGUCCGAAGACUGGGCAAUGGCGCCCAAGACACCUCCAAUGAACCCCCCAGACCUUCCACCUCUCACUCCACCUUCUCUUCUCCCGAGGUCCCCGUCCCCGGUCAUUCGUUGCAUUGAUGAAGUCCCAAUCGCCACUGGGAAGAGCCCAGCAUCUGCCGUCAAAAAGCCUCCCAUUCGCCACUCAAAGUAUUAUAUUGACGAACAGAUGGCUAUCUUUCUUGUCGAUAACCACCUUUACAAAGUACACCGCCAUUUUCUGCGCCAAGAAUCGCAUAAAUUCGAUGAGAUGCUCGAUCAUUUACCGCCAGAUCAGGGUGGCGAGACCGACGAGAAUCCUAUUGUCCUACCUGAGGUAACCCAAGGCGAGUUCGAGGCACUUUUGGAGUACUUCUAUGCUGGGCUAUACUUCAAAGCCGCGGAAAACAGACCCCGACCUCUACAAGAAUACAUCGAUUUACUUUCAAUCGCUACUCGCUACGACUGUACCGAUGCGCGAAUUAAAGCCAUCGAUGGUAUCGAAUCUCAUCGACCUAACGCAGUCCAGAGGAUCGUUCUCGCGGAGAAGUUCGACAUUCCCAGUUGGCUAAAGCCUGCGUAUAUCGAACUUUGCGGAAGGGACAAGCCGUUGGAGCUGUCGGAAGGAGAACAGCUGGGCCUACAGAAGGUCAUACUGAUUGCUCGAGCUCGCGAGGAAAUCGGCGCUGAUGACCGCGUGUCUCGCUCAGUUAGCCCAACUGAGCCCUGCUAUAUUCCUGUUCCAGCGCCGCGUGUCCCACGAGCGCCUGUAUUGGACCCUCGGGUCAGCCGGAUUGUGAAUGAGAUCUUCUUUCCUUCCCCCCCAGUACCAGAAUUAGCACAGUCGCCACCUUGGUAUCCUCCGAAAUUCAAUAAUAGGCCUGACAAGAUGAGUUGGGGUGCGAAACCUUCGUUCCCCGAUAACUUGGAGCCGGAGAAGGAAAAGGAGGAAAAGAUGCCGGAGAAGGAAAAGAGUCGCUCGAUUACGCCCCCACCGACGAAGAGCGGGACGCGAAAGAUUAAAACGGGCAAGCUACCUUGGUGA